UUCGGGCUCAGUGUCGCGCCAUGCUGUUCCGCGAUUUCCAAGUAGACUGUCAGUUGGGCUGUUUAUGUGUUAAAAUGUUGUAGAUUAAUAUAAACAACCGAUCAUAACAGAGCUUUACGUUUUGCUGUCAGAAGGAGUUUAUUAUUAUUUUCUCCCUCAUGGUAAGGAUAAUUAGCCAUAUAGCUCAUUAUGUUGGCUCAUAGUCGUUUUGUCCUUCAAAAUUUGGUCCGGGAUCUAAGUAAAGUCACGGUUUCUACUGUUCAGCGCAUCUCGCAAACAGCUUGCAAGAACACAGUUGUGGUUGAAAGAUGGUGGCAGGUUCCACUGUCAAAAGAAGGACGGCCCCCUAGGCUCUACUCCCGCCGACAUCGCGUUUAUCGACUUGUGGAGGAUACGAAGCAUGCGGCUAAGCCUGAAAAAAUGGAACUCAUCCUGACACAGACUGUUCCUAAGCUGGGGGGCCGAGGUGACAUGGUUUUCGUGAAGAAAGCUUUAGGCCGCAACAAGCUUCUGCCUGAGGGCCUGGCAGUGUACGCCUCACCAGAAAACAAGGAGAUGUUCCAAGAAGAAUUAAGGCAACUGCGUGAGGGGAAAGUGGAGGACAGGAUACAGACACGCACCGGAAAGAUGACUGUUGAGUACCUGAAACGCUGCCGGCUGGAGGUGGGGAUGAAAAACAACGUGCAGUGGGUGCUGUCAAAGGAGAUUGUGUGUCGUCAGUUCCUUUUAAAGCUGGGAGUGUUUGUACCAGCUGAUGCCUUGACCCUACCAGACGAACCAAUCACAUGUUGGGGAGAGUAUUGGUGCGAGGUCAAGGUGAACGGCAUCAACGCGAUCCGUCUCCCGAUGUCCGUGGUGAAGUUCAUCAAGCCAAGAAUGCAGCGUUAUAAAAACAGGCUGGAAAAGCAGCCACCGGGCAAAGCACAGGAUUUACCCAAAGACGAGGAGUCUUAGCAAUACCCAAAUGUCUCAGAACAGCGGGAGGCGGAUAAAUGACUUGGUGUGAAAGUGAUGCAUCGUUGCAGAGGUCAUGGACUGAUUACAUAUACUGGCCACCUGACUUAUAACUAAGAAUUCCAUUAAAAAUGCUGACAAUU